GAUCAAGCAUCGGUAUCCAUCGUGUUGGACAGCUGCGGACAUAAUGGAUACAUGCACCGUGCACCUUCCAUUUGGAACUGGCUCAAGCGUACAGGAUUCGAACUGAAUACAAACAAUUACAAUUCUUAUAUCGAGUGCCUUUGCCGUAUACCUGGAAGAGUAGGAUGGGAUCGUGCGCUUAGCCUGAUGAAGGAGGACAUGCGCGCUCCUGGAGAUGAGAUAUCCGAUAAACCUUUGAUAGAAGAAAAAACAUUCAAUACCCUAAUCAGUUUUGCAAAGAAGAAGCAAUUUGAAGAAGCAGAAAUCAAGAAAUUAGAAGCCUGGAAAGAACAAUGCAUAAAAUAA